GUGCCGUUGCUAAGUAACAGCUGAAGCUCUCAGUCCGUCCACUAAACAAAAGAGCUAGCUCGAUGCUCUGUUUCACAUUUUAUUAACACAAACAAAGUUACAAGUAAUCUGUCAUCGUGAAGACAACUCGUUUGAAGCCAUGACGGCUAUAAAAGACGGAGAGUACACGGCUACAAUCUACAAACUGAUUAAAGACAGCCAGUAUGUGGAAGCAAUUGACAUCCUAAACAGCCAACUUCAAAAACACAAGAAGUCCAGAGCAGCCCUGUCUCUGCUGGGUUACUGCUACUAUCACAUCCAGGAUUUCACUAACUCUGCAGAGUGCUACGAGCAGCUCACCCAGCUGCACCCGGAGGUGGAAGAGUACAAGGUGUACUACGCCCAGUCCCUUUACAAAGCUGGUGCUUAUGCUGACGCCUCAAAGGCCUCCAUCGUGCUCGACAACCCCAGCAGUCACACCAAGAUGGUCAAGCUGCAGGCCUGUAUCAAAUACUGUGAGGAAGAUUACUCUGCUGCCAAGUCACUGCUGGAGCAGCUGCCCCUGGAAGACCCGGACUACGUCCACAAUAUGGGCUGUUUGCUUUACCAGGACGGCAAGUAUGAGGAGGCCUGCAAGAAGUUCAUGUCUGCCAUGCAGGUGCUAGGAUACAAGCCAGCAUUAUCCUACAACAUCGCCCUGUGUUACUACAGCCUAAAGAACUACGCUCAGGCCCUCAAAUACAUUGGAGAGAUCAUCGAACGAGGCAUCAAGGAGCAUCCAGAGCUGAGCGUCGGCAUGACGACUGAGGGCAUCGACGUCCACAGCGUGGGCAACACGCUGGUGCUGCACCACACCGCUCUGAUCGAAGCCUUCAACCUCAAAGCUGCCAUCGAAUACCAGCUGAAGAACCUGAAAGGAGCUCAGGAGGCUUUGACAGACAUGCCCCCCCGUUCAGAGGAGGAGCUGGACCCAGUGACUCUCCACAACCAGGCUCUGCUGAACAUGGACACGAAGCCGUCGGAGGGUUUUGAUAAGCUGGCUUUCCUGCUGCAGCAGCCCUCCUUCCCCCCCGUCACCUUCGAAAACCUGCUGCUGCUCUACUGCAAACACGAGUACUUUGACCUGGCAGCUGACGUCCUGGCAGAGAACGCACAUCUCACCUACAAGUUCCUCUCGCCGUACAUGUAUGAGUUUCUUGAUGGAUUGUUGACCUGCCAAACAGCACCAGAGGAGGCUUUUAGGAAGUUUGAUGAGAUGAACGGCAAAGUGACAGAGCAGCUACGGAAGCUAGCCAAGCAGGUGGAGGAUGCCAGGCUGGUUCGAGACGAUGAAAUACAGAAGAAAGCUCUGGCGGACUACGACCUGAUGCAGGAGAAGUACAUUGUGGUCCUAAUGGCCCAGGCCAAGAUCUACUGGAACCGGGAGAACUUCCAGAUGGUGGAGAAGAUUUUCCGCAAGUCGGCGGAGGUCUGUAACGAGGACGACACCUGGAAGCUGAACGUAGCCCACGUGUUCUUCAUGCAGAACAAGUACAAGGAGGCCAUCGGCUUCUACGAGCCCAUCGUCAAGAAGCACUACGACAACAUCCUGAAUGUGAGCGCUGUGGUCCUGGCCAACCUGUGUGUGUCCUACAUCCUGACCAGCCAGAAUGAAGAGGCUGAAGAGCUGAUGAGGAAGAUCGAGAAAGAAGAGGAGCAAAUCUCCUACGACGACCCCGACAAGAAGGUCUUCCACCUCUGCAUCGUCAACCUGGUCAUCGGGACGCUGUACUGCGCCAAGGGGAACUACGACUUUGGCAUCUCUCGUGUCAUCAAGAGCCUGGAGCCUUAUAAUAAGAAGCUGGGGACGGACACAUGGUUCUACGCCAAGCGCUGUUUCCUCUCUCUGCUGGAGAACAUGUCCAAACACAUGGUCAUGCUGAGAGACGCUGUGGUACAGGAGUGUAUCCAGUUCCUGGAACACUGUGAGGCGUACGGUAAGGAGGUUCCCGCCAUCAUCGAGCAGCCUCUGGAGGAAAACCGCAUCCACAUCGGCAAGAACACCGUCACCUACGAGGCUCGACUGCUCAAGGCGCUGUUCUACGAGGUCAUUGGCAGGAACAAAUGACAUCAUCAUCAUCACACAGGUGCCACUGUAACGUGUGAGGUUUUUACAAGAUCAGUGACAUCACUGACUGCAGCCAGCGAUGACGUUUUGUCAAUGACUUCGAUUUAAAGACAUUCAAAGCCAAACCAUUUCCAACUUCCAUCUGGCAGCCUCUGGACUAAACACACACACACGCACACACCCACACACCCCAGGGGAAGCUUUUAUUUUGAAGUCCAGUUGAGCUGGCUCUAACAGAUCUUACAUAAUCAGUUUGUAUUCUUUCUCACUUUAUGGCCUGUUUGCUCCACUUCACAGUAAUGUUGUACUGUAUUGUAUAAUCUGUACUACUUAUAUACUGUUAGAGAGGAUAACGUGUGUAAAUACAGCAGACUUAGUUUUACUGGUUGUUUAUUCUGCUAACAUGAAAUACAUGAUAACGUUUUGUAUGUGAGUUCAUAUACAGACAUGCGUAGUUCAUGCAUAUAUCCUCUUUGGUCAGUGCUGGUUGUACAGCUGCCUUCUUUAUAUUCUGUACAUAAAAUACUUGAGAAAAGCAAAAACAUAAUUUAAAAUAAAAUAAUUAUUUUUGACAGAAAAA